AUGUCACAAGGCCUCAAUCAGAUGCAAUCUGGUGAUUUCCCAGAGUGGUAUCUCAGUCAUCUGCUCGGUGAUGACAUGAGUGCUAUUUUGGGGGAUUGCCCACCUGCCUCCAUGGAUCCUCUGUCGGGUUCCGUUGAUCCCGCCCUUUUGCAGCAAGGCACGAACAAUCACCCUCUCGAACUGUCAGAUCUUGAUAGUAUCAUCGCCGGGGGCCCGGUUCACCCACACACCCAAAUUUCGAAUUCCGCUCCCUGCAACAACGACGAUAGUUUUGGCUUGCUGAAUACUUCGCGCUACGAAGAAUCAGCACUGGUCUGUACUGGUGCCCCCUCUUUGGCGCAAGCAGAAUUUUGGUAUCCCCCCAUAUCAAACCUUCAGGAGUACCUUGGAUCAUUGGAUCAUCCCCAAUUGGCUCAGCAAACUCCUGCUGAAACUUGCGCAGCUAAUCGUGAGGAGGCCCCUCAAGAUAUUUUGAGUCUCUUCGGUUCUUCUCCUCCUGCGGACCAGGGCGGCGCACAAGGGGACCAAUUUCCUACCGGCUCUGAGAAAUCCAGCCUGGUCCUUCCAGCAAAAGCUCCUCUCUGCCCUUACAAAGCUCCCCCCGUGGUUGAGGUAAUUUCUUCUCCUCCAGAGGCUUCUCUCGGGGAAGGACUUAUUCCUGGGGAAGGACAUACUCUCGGGGAAGGACUUACUCUCGGGGAAGGACUUACUCUCGGGGGAGGACUUACUCUCGGAGGCAAUAGGAGACCCUCAAACUUGACAGAACUUCCCGCAAAUCAGGAGGUUGCUACAGGUAUUCCAAAAAGCCUCGCCCCGAUAUCCCAUUUGAAAAUCACUGGGAAAUGUUCUGCAAUGCAGAAAAUCAAGGAUUCACGCGAAGAGGUCCCAAUAGUUUAUUCUGUGUAUGAGCCCCUAAAGUCAUGGGCCGAGUUUAAGUAUACUGCCCGUGGCCAUCUGCAUGAAGACAUUGUGUUUGAUGAGGAGAGUAUGCAGAGAUUUGUGCGAUGUAUGUAAUCCCCAUAUUCCCACUUUUAAAACAAGAGUGUGGCUAACUUGAAUAGAUCACCCCAACGGGGAGCGUCUCAACCUGAGGAUCGAAAAGCAUCCUUACAGCUUCCAGUGCCGUUAUAGAGAGCCAAAAUACAUAAAGUGCAGGUCCAAGGUCUGUGAUUGGGAACGGGCCUUCAAAGUUGGAGACCACAGAGUCGCCAUCGACGAAGUCACCGGGCGCCUGGGGGAAAACCAACAAGAUGACAAUGACCCUUACUUUUCAGCAGGGUAUCUCCAUCUGCACUGCUUCGAGAGACUCAUUCCGGUCGCUCCACUCGUAGUAUUCAACAUCCUCGCCCCUGACAACAGGCGCAUAUACGAUAAAGAGCCAGACUGCACGCGCAUCAACAAGAUGGGUGUUACCCCUGCUAGUGCUUCCGCCUUCACUAAUUGGCGUAUCGAGGCAGUCCAAGGCUAUUCAGUCAACGUAGACUGGUUCCCAGAGAAAACCCUCUCCUAUGCGCUCUGGCUCUCUGGCGUCCGCAAAGGGCGUAAGAGGGCACGUGCUCCUCCCGGUAUUACGAGUGACGAUAUCGCCAAGAAGGUUACUGCCCGCCGCGGUUGGGGCGGAAAACGCUGCUCUGGUGUGACUGUUGCUACAAUGAGGGCUAUGGAGAGUCAGGGCCUCUCUCAUGAAAUGGUUGCUUCCAGGAAUGGGAAAACAGGGAAAAAGGGCGUGAGGCCUCCAUCCGAGAUCAAGAAGCGGCCUAGAUCAUGUUCUACUGCUAGCCAGACCACCCAGUCCACUGAAGGGUCUAUCUCUGAGUAUGAGGAUCCUGGGGCUGCCUUAGUUAAACCUCCACCUCACUCUAAAAAGAUGAAAAGAGCAAGGGAUGAAUCCAAGAUCGCCGAAGAUCCUGUUACUCCGGCUACUUAUAAUCUCCCAACGGAUCCCUCUCAGAUCCAAGACAUUGGCCAACUAAUUCCGACACCUAUAGUGCAAGCUAGGACAACCUCAGUCCCCCUUCAGGAGAACACUUAUGGGAGCCAAUACUCCAAUAUUGACCCUAGCCUAGGAUAUGUUGAACCCCUGGACUAUAUAGAUUGGAGCAAGACCCCUUUGGCAGGAGACGAGGACUGGAACAAAGAAAAUAUCGACCCGGCGCUCCAACAACCGGACUGGGUGCUUCCUUCCCAACAGAGUGCGACCCAAUUCACCCCUCCGGGAUACAGCCCUCAAACAUUGGAGCGGCAAGGCUGGACACUCCCUCAUGCCCAGCCGCGCCAAUACCGCCAACCUCCUCCUCCCCCACCUCCACCUAUGCCAACCAAGAAAACGACUCGGAGAAGACCCAGCCCAAUCACAAUCCCACCCCCUAUCCCAGUCUCUACAUCAACCCCUAUAACAGUACCCGCCCCUGCCCCUCAGCCCACUACAGAUGUGCCUAACCUUGCAUCUAGGUCACUUUCACCCAUCCCCUGGACCGCUCCCACCACUACUACCCAUAGGGGCCGCCGCCGCCGCCGCCGCCCUCAGCCUGCUGCUACGUAUGCCGAUGAUCUAUACUUUCAACAGCGCAAUCAACGAAAACGGAAAGACGCGCUCCCUCCCGCUCCUCCUACCUUUCCUGCUGCUCCUGCUGCUCCCACUGCCCCUGCUGCUCCUGCUGCUCCUGUGCUGGUCCCGUAUACACCAACCGCCCACGCCCAGCCGGUAGCACAAGGAUUUAGUAGUACGCAAGAUAACCCACGACAGAAGACUCCCGGUGAGCCUGUGACUGAACAUUCGGAUAUCGGCCUGUUUGACGAGGCAUUCGCUGCGUUUCAGCCCGGGAAUGAAAAUCAAAAUGUGAAUGUGUAUCUGACCGAGGAGCAGACGGGUUUCAUGGAUGGGUGGUUUUGGUCGCAGGGAUUGUAG